AUGUCUACCGUUGCGAUCCCGCUGAUGUCACGAGACAAUACAGAAAUACAAGAAAAUGAAGGAACACGGGACGAAUCCACGACAAUAAAAAGAUCAAAUGUCAAGUCAAAGGCCCUAGAAGCCUGGAGGUUCAUUGUCACAAGUGGUGCCCUCGCUGGUAUCGUAAUCCUCAUCAUUAAUGUCAUCACUCUUGCGGUUAUGUACGGUCAACACCAGGCAGAUGAGCAAAGCAUUACAUUCUUUACCGGCAACUGCGAAACUGCAGGGAAGAUCAAUACGGGCACCCAUUUGGUGAUUAACGUGCUCAGCACAAUCUUGUUAGCCUACAGCAACUUCAGCAUGCAAUGCCUAGGCUCACCAUCUAGGACUGAGGUGGACUCAGCGCACAGUCAGCAUCAAUGGUUGAAUAUAGGAACACCGUCUAUUCGCAAUGUCUUUUUUGUUUCCAAGACGAAGGCUGCAUUGUGGAUGUUGCUAGGAGUGAGCUCUUUUCCGCUACAUAUGAUUUGGAAUUCGACGGUUUUCGAAACCAAGAAUUCUUACGACUAUUUUGCCAUCUCUAUCACAGAAGACUUUCUUCACGGUGCCAAUUGGACCCUUCCCACCGCCGCAGAAAGUUAUGCUUUGACUCUCGAAAAUACGCCCCUUCAUGGUUGGACCAACGAAGAUGUUAAUCAUAUCCUUCAAGAUCUCCAGACGGAAGCGAUGGAUUCUAAGCUUCAGGGGCUCAAUGUGAAAGACUGUCUUCAGCGAUACAAUACAGAUAUUCUAUCUGAUAGACGGCACGUGCUCCUUGUCAAAGAAUAUCCCUCUGAUUGGCCCAUGACAACAAGAUCGACUGAAGCGUCCCAGAACUCAUCUGUGGGAUUGAUAUACUACAAUUUAAAUCCCACUGGGGGUUCGGGGUCCGAGACUCCACUGUAUAAUUGGAUAUGCGAUAAUAACAUGCCAGGAUCUUCGCAGUCUUGCAUAUCCAGCAGUUUCAAUUACAGCAACUGGUAUGCAAACCUCUACGGGGGUGUUUUCGGAUGGUCGACGGACGGUCCUAUAAAAUACUGCUACUCGCAACUGGCGCCCGAAAAGUGCAGAGUCGGUAUCGUCCCAAUAUUUCUGAUCAUUGUCAUUGGCUGCAACGUGAUAAAAAUAACAUCCUUCGUCUGCACCCUUUUUGUCACACACGGGAAGAAAGAUCAGCCCCUUUGCACGACCGGUGAUGCGAUCAAGUCUUUUCUUAAGCAACCAGAUCCUUACACUCGGGGCCGAUGUCUAGCGGCGAAGGAAGACUACGAGAAAUGGCUGCGAGGCUCCGAAGAGUGGAUCCCACGGCCGUUCACCGUGGGUGAUCUUUGGACCGGUGGACGAUAUCGCUGGCACAAAGCCGUUAACGAUUGGCAUUGGAUAAUCUUUGUAUCGAUCACCACCGGUCUAGCAGGUUUGACCGCAUAUAUAGUCUUUGCGGCAGUGAUAUCGUCACCCAUUAGCCGAGAGGGAUUUGGGGAGCCACAAAGCAAUACUAGGAUGAACAGCAAGAGUAUGGGCGUGCUACGAGGCUUUCUUGUAGGAAACCUACUCCAGAUUGCGGUUUCCUACGUUUAUCUGGCACUGAACAAUAUCCUGAGUACUAUGCUGGCGAUGGAAGAAUGGUGUAUGUACGCCACUGAUCGCCAGCAUAAUGGCCUCCGGGUGUCAUCGCCCACGCCUCACUCUGCGCAGAGAUCGAAGUAUUUCCUUUCUGUGCCGUUCAAAUGGGCGAUCCCAUCGAUGGUUUCCCUGGCCUUGCUCCACUGGCUCGUAUCGCAAAUGUUUUUCUUCUCCGAUUUGGACAUAUAUCGGAUGCAGCCUGAGGGCCUUCCUCAGGUUGACACCUUGGGCUACGUCUAUACCUCGGCACUUCCUGCUGUCCUCGCUGUCUCCCUUGGUGGUACUAUUCUACUCGUUCUCACUCUAACGGCUCUAAUCCGGAAAUUUCCAGCUAAUGUACCGUUAUCGGGAUGCUGCAGUGCUAGUAUUGCAGCAGCAUGCCAGCCGUCUCGGGUGGGUUUGGAUAAUGAGACUCUAAUGCCUGAGUUCGACCCUGGCCUGGCAUGUCAGAAACUCAAAUGGGGUGUUGUAGAGGAACAUGAUGAUGAGCACUCGAAUAGUAUCGGGCAUGCGACCUUUGCCGCCUGCGAAACCACUCCCUUGGUGGAAGGGAAGUUAUACGCUUAG